CGUCGGUUCCUGAAGGAGGCAGAAGAAGACUCGUAUUAUAUGCUUUUGCGUGGUGGCGUAUAACAAAGAAAACAUAACACAUCUUUUUUUAAUUUCAACUUGAAAAUCUUCUUCACUUCCGAAUCUCAAUUAUUCUUUAUUCAUAUUCUUCUACAUCCAACCAAAACCCUAAUCCCUUUCUUCUCCGCUCCACUCUCAUUCUCUUUCCCAAUCCAUCCAAUGAGCUAUCAAAUGAAUGGUGAAAAUGCAAGAAGAGAUUUGAAAAGAAAGCUCCCUCAGAUGGAUCGAGGGCAUGAACCGAGAACUUAUAAUACAAAUUCUACACCUUAUGAUAGGAAUGCACUUCCUCCUGGUUGGUUAGACUGCCCAGCACAUGGGCAAGAACUAGGAUGCAUAAUCCCUUCAAAGGUUCCCCUUGGUGAAUCAUUCAAUGAUUACAUUCCAAAUAAAAGAUAUACUCCCAAGCAAGCAAUUAAUCAACAGAGAGCUUUAGGUAGAGAACUUGGUUUAGUGAUUGAUCUUACAAAUACUACUCGUUACUAUCAAUUAUCAGAUUGGAAAAAAGAAGGGAUUGGCCAUGUAAAGAUAAGAUGCAAAGGAAGAGAUUCUGUACCCGAUGAUGAAUCUGUAGAAAAGUUUUGCAAUGAGGUUCUGGAUUUUUGCUCUCGAAGACCAAACACAAAGAAAUAUAUACUUGUACACUGCACUCAUGGGCAUAAUCGUACAGGUUAUAUGAUUGUUAGCUUUCUUGUGCGUACAGAAUCAAUUUCUGUCACUGAGGUGAGUAAAACCAUAAAUUGUUCAAAGGUUUGUUUCAACAGCCACUUUACACUGAUAACUUUUAUGUUGUGCACAUUUAUGCCUGUUACCUUCCAGGCAAUAAAUAAAUUUGCUCAGGCACGUCCCCCAGGAAUUUACAAGCAGGAUUAUAUUGACGCCCUGUACAUGUAUUUUAAUGAAAAUAAGCCUGAAAAUCUUGUUUGUCCACAAACUCCAGAAUGGAAGAGCCUCCCUGACCCUGACUAUCAUGGCGUGUCUGUCUCAGCUACAGACAAUUAUACAGACAUUUUGAAUCAGGAGAAUAUUGUGAGGAAUGAAAUAAUGACAAAUGAUGAUGUUUUGGGAGAUCCUAUUCCUUCAAACCAGCUACGUCCAAUGCAAGAAGUUUGUUAUCAACUGCUCAAGAUGGGCAAAGGGGGAAAAGGCUUUCCCGGAUCACACCCUGUUUCUCUGAACAGGGAAAAUUUGCAACUCUUAAGACAGAGGUAUUACUACGCCACAUGGAAAGCUGAUGGGACACGGUAUAUGAUGCUAAUCACUGGGGAUGGAUGUUAUUUAAUUGACAGAAAAUUUCUUUUCCAAAGGAUCUGUAUGCGGUUUCCUUGCAGAUACUCAAAUGGGGGUACACCUGAGAGGAAUCACCACUACACAUUACUUGAUGGGGAGAUGAUUAUUGACACAGAUCCACAUACACAUAAGCAAGAAAGAAGAUACCUCAUUUAUGAUCUGAUAGCAAUCAAUCAAGUUUCUCUGACAGAGAUGCCAUUCUAUGAAAGGUGGAAAUUGCUGGAGAAAGAAGUAAUUGAACCUCGGAACAUGGAAAGAGAAGCCCUUUCCAAGAGUAUAAGUCCUUAUUAUAGAUAUGACUUGGAACCAUUUGGUGUGAGGAGGAAGGGUUUUUGGUUACUAUCUACUGUGUCAAAGCUCCUUCAUAAAUUCAUUCCACAACUCUCACAUUCAUCAGAUGGCCUUGUAUUCCAGGGUUGGGAUGAUCCCUAUGUCCCUCGCACACAUGAAGGUCUUCUGAAGUGGAAAUACCCUGAGAUGAACUCUGUUGAUUUUCACUUUGAGGUGGGAGCCGGUGACCGACCCCUGCUUUUUCUGUUUGAACGCGGAAAGAGGAAAUUAAUGGAAGGGAAUGCUGUUAUUUUUAAAGAUGCGACGGAUAUUUCUGCCUAUUCAGGGAGGAUUAUUGAGUGCUACUGGGAUGCUGCGGAGCAUCACUGGGUCUGUAUGCGGAUAAGAGCCGAUAAAGCAACUCCAAAUGAUAUCAAUACUUAUAGAAAGGUAAUGCGAAGCAUAAAGGAUAAUAUCACAGAAGAGGUCCUGUUGAAUGAGAUUAGUGAGAUCAUUCGGCUACCCUUGUAUGCAGACAGAAUACAAAGGGAUAUCAAGGCUCACCAGAAUAUGGUCUCUUCACGACGCAAGUGAGUUACCAUGAAAACAAAGCAUGUCCAAUUUAGUGGUACUUAAUUGAAGAGCAAGCAAGACUUAACAAACACGAGUAAAGCUUUGCAAUUUUGUUGCCUAAGUUAUUACAUGACUACGCCAUUCAUUCAUUCUCAAUAGCAUCCCUCCAAUUACCUUGAAAAAGAGGUUUAGGUUCUCUGAUAUUGUCUGUGGCCGAUAAGAUUUUGAUCGUUGUUGUAUAUUAGCAAUUUUGCCAAUUUUAUGUAUUAUUUUUUUUAAGAUAAAGCAAAGACUAGUUCCUAAGAUCUUGUUGGAAAAGAAAAAAAAAAGGCUCAACACAAAUGGCUUUGACAGGGGUAUGUUAAUACAAUAUUCCAUCCACUAAUAUCUUUACAAAUAA